AUUUUUUGUUUGUUUGCCAUUGCAACAUAUCUUGUUGUUAUUGUUAACAAAAGCAAGAAGAAGAGAAAUACCUGAAAAAUACUAGAAUUAUAAACAUUUUAAUAAAUUGCAUUUUAUUUUAUGAUGGAGGAUAGUUGGAUUUACAUAAAAAAUGUUUUAUUAAACGGGAACGCUGGUGAAAUCCACGAAGCACUUGUAGCCAUAAAAGAUUCUGUAAUAGGAAGCAACAAGCAAAAGAGUCUUCUAAUAUCGCAUGAAAUAUUACCUAUUUUAAUAAGAAUUUGUUCAAAUAACGAUGACAUAACAAAUAAAAUAGAGGCGCUUAUAAUUAUUGGUUCUGUUGCUAAAGGAACGGCGAAAAAUGUGCAACUUCUAAUUCAGGAAUACCAGAUAUUACCACUACUAAAAAGAGAACUUACACAAAUAACAAAAAACAAAUACAGUCUGGAAAUAUGUUUAAGUGCAUUAUGUUCGAUAUUUCGGCAUUUUCCAUCAACGAUUUCAUAUUUUUUUGAUGAUACCUGCACCUUACCUCACUUUUUAAGUCUGACAUAUUCUGGAAGCUCAUUAAAUAUACAGAUAUAUGUAGCAACAUUACUAUCAUUAUUAUGUCAAACCAGAAGAGAUCAGACAGAUCUGUUAAAUGCGUGUGCUAUACCAAAUUUAGUACGUCUAAUUAAUAAUGAAAACGUACAUUUGCAUGUUCCUGUACUUCGAUGUCUUUGUCGCAUGGCUUUUGAAAAUAGAUCUGUUUCAGAUAUUAUUUGUGUUACAAGCUUUCAGGGGCGAUCAUUGUUGGAUACACUUAAUUAUUUUAUUUCACGAUCAUUUUCUGCUGAAACACAGUUGUGUGCUGCAAAAUGUAUUACAUAUAUAUACAGAUCCGGAACGCUGCUUUCGUCUGAUUUUAGGAUAUUACAUAGAACUCUUCCAUGUUUAGUUCGCUUGUGUUCAGAUACUUUUAACUGCUCUAUAAGGGCCUCCGCUGCUGAAACUUUGUCAUAUUUAAUUGAGAUCGAUGCGGAACUGCAGAGGACGGCCGCAAUUUGCAAUCACCUACUAUCGUCUUUAUUUCAACUUAUUAAAAUAAAUAACGCUGAAAUGAAGCAAGCAGCCUUAAAAUGCUUAGCUGCCUUAGGAGCAAACGAUGAAAUCAUCCGAAAGCAAAUUGUCGAUACAAAUAAUUUAAUAAAUGAUAUAUUGGAAAAUUUAAAUAGUUGGGAAUUACAGGUGAGGAUAGCUUCCGUUCGAUGUCUUCACUCAUUAUCAAGGUCUGUUCAACAACUUAGAACAACAUUUCAGGACCACGCCAUUUGGGAACCAUUGCUUGAUAUUAUAAAUAACGAUCCGUCUAUAGAGUUUCUUAUCAUUGUGACUGCUACUCUUUGCAAUCUUCUACUUGAAUUUUCUCCGGCAAAAAUACCACUUCUCAAUUCAGGAAUUAUUGAAAAACUAUCGAACUUAUCUGACCAUGAUGAAUCUUCAUUAAAGUUAAAUUGUAUAUGGGCUUUAAUGAACUUAUCGUAUCAAUCCGAAGAAAAUACAAAAACCAAUAUUAUUAAUACAUUCGGUGUAAGAAGAAUCUUGAGAAUUCUUAACGAAUCGAAUCCGUUAGUUCUCUUAAAAACAUUAGGUUUGCUGAGAAAUCUUCUUUGUCACACUUAUCAUAUUGAACUAAUAAUGUCGUCACACUCGAAAGAUAUUCUAGAUGGCUUCUGCAUAGUUUUGGAAAAUAAUAAUUCACCCGAGAUAAAAGAACAAGUGCUGUGUAUUCUAGCAAACAUUGCCUCAAUGAAUCAAAAAGACUACAUAACAUCAAAUAGUAAUAUUAUGGACAUAGUUUGUGAGUUAUUGUUCAACUCCGACAAUAAACUUCAAAAUGCUGCUUUAUAUGUUGUUAAUAAUAUAAUACAAUAUAGCGACGGUUGGUUUAAAAAUAUAUAUGUGGAUAAUUGUUACAAAAUAAAUAUUUUUAAACGUUUAGAUGAGCUGUAUAAAUCAUUCUCUAGUAAACAACCGCAGAGUGAUUACGUUUGUAGAAUUUUAAAAGAGAUUGUUAUUAAAUGUAAUAAAAUGUACCCUGAAAUUUUUAACUAGUUUUAAUAAAUAUAUGUUUAUUAUAUUACCUCAUACACAAA